AUGAAGACUUUCCCAGUCAUUAACAUGGAGAAGCUUAAUGGUGAAGAGAGGGCUGCCACAAUGGAGAUCAUAAAAGAUGCUUGUGAGAACUGGGGCUUCUUUGAGCUGGUCAAUCAUGGGAUACCUCAUGAGCUAAUGGACAGUGUGGAGAGGCUGACAAAGGAACACUACAACAAGUGUAUGGAAGAAAGGUUCAAGGAAAUGGUGGCAAGUAAGGGCUUAGAGGCCGCUGAUCACAGUGAAAUCAGUGACCUGGACUGGGAAAGCACCUUCUUCUUGCGCCAUCUUCCUGUUUCAAACCUCUCUCAGACCCCUGAUCUUGAAGAAGAUUACAGGAAGGCAAUGAAGGAGUUUGUACUGGAACUAGAGAAACUAGCUGAGUUGCUUCUGGACUUGCUAUGUGAGAACCUUGGGCUAGAGAAAGGGUACCUGAAGAAGGCUUUCUAUGGCUCCAAGGGCCCUACCUUUGGUACCAAGGUCAGCAACUACCCUCCUUGUCCCCGGCCAGAACUCAUAAAGGGCCUCCGGGCACACACUGACGCCGGUGGCAUCAUCCUCCUCUUCCAGGACGACAAGGUCAGUGGCCUCCAGCUACUCAAGGACGGUGAAUGGGUCGAUGUACCACCACUGCGCCACUUCAUUGUAAUCAACAUGGGGGAUCAACUCGAGGUGAUCACUAAUGGCAAAUACAAGAGUGUAAUGCACCGGGUGAUUGCUCAACCGGACGGGAACAGAAUGUCCAUAGCAUCAUUCUACAAUCCGGGCAGCGAUGCUGUGAUUUAUCCGGCACCUGCAUUGGUAGAGAGAGAAGAUGAGAAGAAAGAAAUGUAUCCGAAAUUCCUGUUCGAGGACUACAUGAAGCUUUACUCUGGCCUGAAGUUCCAAGCCAAAGAACCAAGGUUUGAAGCAAUGAAAGCUAUGGACAGUACUCCAAUUUCAACAGUUUGAGUUGGUUUUAGCUCAAAAACCAGUAGGGUUUGUGUGUGUGUUCAUAUCACCAUUACUGUUUUCUUGUUUGGGUGUCCUUAUUGUUCAGAGGGUUUGAUUUUUUUGGCUGCUGUGGGUUGAAGUCCCUGGAGUGUUGUCUGAUUCUAGUGGUGUGGGCGAGGUUUACUUUGUGUAAAGGAACUGCAAUUUGUCAGUCAUAUCUCUACAAAAUAAAAUAGAGCGUUCAGCUUGUAUAAAGUACAACAACUAGAUUGUU